AUGGAUGCUCAAUUUGAGCGUCGUCUUCUUCUAUCGAUGAAUGGUCGAAAUUCUCUAUCAUCAUAUACAAGUCCAAUACAAUCACCGAUAAAAACAAGUCUUAGUUCAGGUAUAACAGCAAGUGAACCAGAUUUACUUGUUUAUGAACAAUUAUUACAAAAUACAUUAUUAAAUACAAAUAUUGAUUCAAUAUUAAAAAUUUCUGAUGUACAAAAUACAAAUCAUGAUAAUUUAAAAACAGUAGUAACACCAAAAAAAUCUUUAAUUAGUAAAGAAAAUCCAUCAAUAUUUCGUUAUUCGGAACGUCAAGAUAAUAUUCAAUCGAAAUCAAAUUUAAUUACAAAACAACAUUUUAAUCGAUCACCUAUAUCAAAUGCAUCAAUACAUUUACUUUAUUCACCAAAACGAAAACUUCGUCAUAUACCUGAACUUCCAUAUAAAGUUUUAGAUGCACCAGAUUUACAAGAUGAUUUUUAUUUAAAUUUAAUUGAUUGGUCAUCAUCAAAUAUUCUUAGUGUGGCUUUAGGACCAUGUGUUUAUUUACAUAAUGCUCAAACAAUUAUUUUUAUCAUCAAUCAAUAUUCGUAG